AUGGACUGGCCCGUGACUGUCGGCGUGCUAGCCGUCGUGCUCCCGUCACUAUACGUCUACACCACUUCCGUGGUCUCGGAGCGCUUCCCAGCCGUGCGUAACAAACGCGUCUGCCUUCUUAUUGCGCACCCUGAUGACGAGGCCAUGUUCUUCUCGCCUACCGUCAUGGCGCUCGCCAGACCGGAGACGGGAAACCACGUCAAGAUCCUCUGUCUGAGCAGUGGUAUGCGCCCGCCCCUCUUCCACCCCCAGCCUUAUACUACGGCCGCUAACGAGAAUCAUCUCAUGGUAGGCAAUGCAGACGGCCUCGGCGAGACACGAAAGCGCGAACUCGCCAAGUCGGGCUUGAUCCUCGGGCUACGCUCGACGGACGACGUUUUCGUCGUUGACAAGCCCGAAUUCCCUGACAGCAUGACGGCAAAGUGGGACAGCGGCGACAUUUCGGCCCUGCUUUGCUCGGCCUUCGCACCCAACCUUGCCAGGAUGCGAAACAGCGAGACGGCCCCGGCAGCCGCUAUCGACGUGCUCGUAACGUUCGACGCCGGUGGUGUCUCCGGCCACCCAAACCACAUUUCCUUGUACCACGGCGCCAAGGCUUUUAUCGCGGAGUUGGUGGCUGGCAAACCAGGCUGGCAGCCGCCCGUCGAUCUCUACACCCUCAAGACAGUGUCCUUGGGACGAAAAUACAUUGGAUUUUUGGACGUGCUGACCACACUCGCCAGCUGGGCCGUCGGCGCCGAUAAGAAGGACAAGAAGCACCCCGGGGGCUUGGUUUUCCUCAGCAGCUUAAUGGGGUACGGCAGCAUCACAACUGCGUGGAGGGCCAUGGUUUCGGCGCACAAGAGCCAGAUGGUCUGGUUUCGGUACGGUUGGAUCUCCCUGAGCAGGUAUAUGUAUAUCAACGACCUGAGGCUGGAGAAGGUCAAGGGUCGGUGA